CUGGAGGCACCUCUCUUUGUAACUUGUUUCCAGUGUUUAGUAACAACAUCACUGUGUGUUCUGAUGAGUGCCUUAUCCAUCAUGGCUCCAUUCAUCAUUACAUUUCCCAGGAUACAAGUCAGUCUUGGAGUUUUGAAACAGGUUUUUCCAUUGUCAUUUAUUUUCGUGGGUAUGAUUUCAUUUAAUAAUUUGUGUUUGAAGUAUGUUGGAGUACCCUUUUACUAUGUUGGGCGUUCACUAACAACAGUAUUUAAUGUGAUCCUAACAUACUUUCUACUGCACCAGAAAACUUCAGUGAAAGCAGUUACUUGUUGUGCUGUUAUUAUAAUUGGGUUUCUACUAGGAGUGGAUCAAGAAGGUGUUGCAGGAUCUUUAUCUGUAGUUGGUGUUGUUUAUGGAGUCUUGGCCAGUUUAUUUGUAUCGCUGUAUUCCAUCUUUACGAAGAAAGUCUUACCUGUAGUUGAUGGGAAUGUCUGGUUGCUGACAUUCUAUAACAAUCUGAUCGCAGCCUUCCUUUUUCUUCCUCUUAUGUAUUGCACAGGAGAGAUUCCCAUUGUUGUGGGAUAUAAACAUUUAACAGACCAUGUAUUUUGGGCACUCAUGACCAUGGGAGGAGCUUGUGGUUUGGCAAUUGCAUACAUCACAGUACUACAGAUAAAGGUGACAUCUCCUCUCACCCACAACAUCAGUGGCACAGCAAAGGCAUGUGCCCAGACAUUGCUUGCAGUGACAUGGUUUCACGAAGUAAAACCUACUCUUUGGUGGAUGAGUAAUGUUAUUGUUCUACUUGGUUCUGCUGGCUACACUCGUGUCAAACAGCAGGAGAUGCUACGAGCACAUCAAGAAGCUACAGUUAGCAAAAGAGAUGAAGAUAAAACAACUGCAUAAUUAUAAAAUUCACUGAUUUUAGGUAGUGUUUCAUGUCCAUCCAAAAGACAGUCGUGCAAUGCAAUUCCAAAAUUUUCACAAGACAUUAGGAUUUAUUGUUUUUUAAAGAUAGGUUUAUAAUGCAACACAUUUGAAGUGGUCUAAUUUAUUUUUCAAGUUCUGGGUGUUUGACAAAGUACUGUACAAUUCUGCCUUUCUAUUUGUUGAAUGUCACGAUACAUAUUUAAGUAUUACUUGUCAAUAAUGCUAAUUUAAUGCAUGCACAUUACAUGCUGUUGAGCAUGUGGAGGUUCUUUUGAUCAUUGUUUUCAAGCUUUUUAUAUACUUUUGAUUACAUCACGACAAUUAAAUAAAUUACCAUAUUGUUUCAAGAUUUCCACCAGUAAUAGUUUAUAAUAACAUUUAGCCUCUGAAAUGUGAUUUCCAGUUUUCUCCUUUUAAUAGCUUAUAGUGUUAGUGCUUGAAAACACCCUGCAAAAAUAUUUAUAUACAAUUGGGCAUGAAUUUUAUAUACAGAGCACGUGCAUUGAAUAUGUUCUUUCAUUGUUUUACUGUGCAUUCAAUAGGUUAUCUGGUUUUAAAAUGGAUGUUUGACCGUGAUAGUUUUUGUGGUCUUUCGUUAAGAAAAUGCAACUUUUUAAAAUUAAAUUGUUGUAAAUUAGGAAAUUAAAAAGAUCACAAAAUUAAUAGAUCACAGUAGACAACAUUCUUUAACACUCCUGUUAUUAAAGAUUUAAAUAAGAAAAUAUCAAAUUGGAAUAUAAGUUUUCUCAGUCAUGAUUUCUUAAUUGUAGUUUAUAUUUUGACGUCAUGAAUAACAAGUAGUUGUGUAGAAUCUGGUGGCUGACUUUAUCUGGUUAUUAAUCAUUACAGUUUACAUUCAUUAUCAAUCUUUCCCAAAUUACUUGAAAUGCCUUCUGAUAUCAGCAUAUUCACAGUUGGUAGAUAAUUUGGCUUAAAUUGGAACCAAAUAAUAUUUUAUUAGCAAGCUAUUUCCUUGCAAUAUUUCAAUUCUUUAUAGCUUCCCAUUCUUGUGUCAAUAAAGAGUGGUAAGUGUCACAAAGACUUUGUCUUUGUUAAUAGUAUACAGUACGUAGUCUAGUAUCAACUAAUUUGAGGCCUGAAACAUACAGUACACAGUGUGUUGUUAGUUAACAUCAAGAAUUAACCAAGAGUUAAUACAUGUAAUGCAAAGUGUAGUGUUAGUUAACUUGAAGAAUUAGCCUAUAUUUAACAUAUACAGUGCACAGCAUCUUAUUAUUUACUGUCUAAAAUUAGCCUGUAGUUAACAUAUACAGUACACAGCAUCUUAUUAUUUACUGUCUGAAAUUAGCUUAGAGUUAACAUAUACAGUACACAGCAUCUUAUUAUUUACUGUCUAAAAUUAGCUUAGAGUUAACAUAUACAGUACACAGCAUCUUAUUAUU